AUGCCAUCCGAGCAUUUGCCCUCACAAUCGCAAGCGCGGCCGUCUCUCGGCCAGCAUCGUUCGACGAAUUCCGUCCACAGCCAGACGGACUCACCUUCAACCACACCUCCGCAACAUGGGAAGCACAAGAGGGAGAAGCACGUAGUCGGCGGAGGAGGACGAGGACACGCCAGAGUACCGUCGAGUAAAGCGCUGCACAAACUCACGAAAGCCGCACACGGAAACGACGGGUCACACACGGAUCUGAAGAAGCUGGCACGGAAUUCCUCCUCGAAGGACCUGAAGAAGAACUCUUCGCAUGUUACCCUAAAGCGCAAUCGGUCAUCUGCAGACGUAACAAAACGCUCCAAGGCAGGCCACGAACAAGUGAAGAGACCUGCAUCUGUUCACUUUGAGAUUGGUGAUCAGGACGACGCCUGGGAGAACGCGAGCUCAUCUGCGUCACCAGCAUUAUCCAGAUCUGCUUCGAGACCUGCUAGCGGCCAUUCAUCUUCAAAACCAAGCGCCAGCAAUUCGCAAUCGCACUCGCCGCCACAAUCGCCUCCUGGCAAUUCAAAAAUAAGUUCAGUCGCAAACGGUGCUGAAGACAAACAAGCUUCUCGCCAUUCAGCAGAUGCAAAGGUCAUUACAGAACGACUUCUACAACGAUCACAUUCCCAGAACACUACCAAGAUGUCUCUGGCUACUGCAACACCUUCAGGAUAUACCCCCGUCUCCCCAGAAAAGAGCCAGAGCGGCACACCGACUGUUGGGAGCGGCGGCAAUGAAGUGGUUUCGCGCUUCGUAGGAGGAUCAGGUACACCGAGCGAGAACUCCCCGUAUCUCAACAAUCGCAAGAACGAAGGAAGAGCGAAUCAAGUAAACGAUGAUAUAAAGCGAGCGCAAUCGAUGGGCAAUUUGACGAGGCCAGACCAGGAGAAAGAUGACGAGGAAGAGAGUGUUCUAGCACCCAGAUCGAGAAAGUCCUCCACAGGCCACGCAUAUAUACCGCCCCAGCAAUCACGCACACAACAGAAGCUCUGGCUCCAAAGAGCGAGCUCGAAUAUUGAGCCGCAACAGAUGGCGCCGGGUGUGGCUAUGAAUGGUCUCGCGGGCCUACACGGAGGUAUUGGAGGUACAUCACUGGUAGGGGGGGCCGGCUACGACGGUCGCGAUCCACGCAUCAAGCUCCAACUCGAACGAACUGGUCUCGAAUACCUGGUCGUUAGACGCUAUCAGGACCCCAUCGCGAAAGCCUUCAAACGCCUCGCUCAGCUCCCUGGCGCAGAGAAGAACCGCAGAAUUCCAGCUCAUAAAGCCAAUAAUAGCAAUGAGCAAGGCGCAAACACUGGUCGAUAUGGUCUCAGCCAGAGUCUGAAGGAGUCGCGGAGUCUAGCGAAGGAUGGAGGUGGGAAACCAAAUGCAAAUGAUGCGAACUCGAGUUAUGAGGGGCAGUCGGGAAGUCUCGAGGAUGGAAAUGUGAGUGAUAGGGGUGGCGAUGGGAAUGACCAGGGAGCUAUACUCAGGAGCAUGUGGGAUAAGACUUAUGAUCUCAGUGCAAGUGCUGAUUGA